AUGGUUCCUAUAGUUUUGGCCUUGUUCUUAAUUUUCAGCUCUCAAAUAGAAGCAGCUCAGCUUCAAGUAAAUUUCUAUAAAUUUACAUGUCCCAAUGCAGAAUUAAUCAUUAGACAGGAGGUCCAAAGAGCCUACUUUAGAGCCAGAGGAAUAGCCGCUGGUCUUGUUAGAAUGCACUUUCACGAUUGCUUUGUCAGGGGUUGUGAUGGCUCGAUUCUUAUAAAAUCGACUCCUGGAAAUUCUGCAGAAGAAGAUGGCCCACCAAAUGCUGGUACUCUUCGUGGGUUUGAAGCGAUCGAAAAUGCAAAGGCUAGUCUUGAACAAGAAUGCAGAGGAGUUGUGUCAUGUGCAGAUAUUCUUGCAUAUGCUGCAAGAGACUCUAUUGUCAUAUCAGGGGGACUCGGAUGGAAUGUUCCAGCGGGAAGAAGAGACGGGCGAAUUUCACGGGCCGAAGAAACUAUUGAUAUACCAGCACCAUUCGGCAACCUAGACCAAAACAUUCGGGCUUUUGCCAAGAAAGGUUUGUCAUCUGAUGACAUGGUUGCACUCCUAGGUGCACAUACAAUUGGUCGCUCUCACUGCACGUCAUUCAGUGACAGAUUAUACAAUUUUAGCCCGACAAACAGUCAAGACCCAACCUUGGACCCGUUAUAUGCAAUACUACUGAAGCAGCAAUGUCCAAGAGAGCCUAAUGGAAAUGUUGAUCCUAACGCAGUUGUUUUCAUGAACUUCAGCCCAACAAUAUCUGAAAACAGCUACUAUGUCCAUGUUUUAAGAAAUCGCGGAUUAUUUACCUCGGACCAGACACUGACUACUAGCCCAGAUACUCUAUCAGAAGUCAGAGACUAUGCAAGGAAUAACAUGCAAUGGCAAACAGAUUUUGCUGAUGCAAUGAUUAAGAUGAGUCAAGUUGAGGUGCUCACGGGAAAUGCCGGAGAGAUUAGGCUCAACUGUAGGUGUCGUCUUUGUUCGACUGAGAGCAUGGCUCCUCUCACAAAUGGGACGUGGAAGUUUUGUUUCAGUCUAGACAGUUCUGCUUGGAUGGAAACUGAUCCAAAUAACUUUUCAAAAUGCUCAAACCCACUGCUACAAGAAGUAAACAUCAGCAUAGAACAAAGAGAUCGGGCUUAG